AAAACCCGGAGCGCGGCGUGCUCGCCCGGAAAGUCCUCCCAGGGGCGCAGGAGAGCAGCUGAGCAUGCUCAGUAGCUGGGGGAGGUUUGGGUGGAGAGUGAAAAGCGGCGGCUCUGCCUCCCACCCCCUCUCUCUGGCCCCCGCCCCCUGGCCCCUGCUCAGCUCAUAGUAGUUCCCCAGCGUGCGCCCGGGGAGACCGGGAACAUGGCGCUCAGAGCCAUCUAGCCACUGAGCACAAGAAAAGGAUGCGCCGCUGCGCUCCGUUGACAGCAGCCGCCAGAAAUACACUAUGGUGAGACAUUUCCACCCAUUGCCAAAAUGAACACUGAAGAAAAUGAAGAGAACUGAAGAACUCCAGCAAAACGUUGCAAAACAGGAAUAGCCACCCUGCUCUGCAGUUCUUCAUUCUCCCACUGCCAUCAGAAAAAGGUGUUUGCAUCAUGUUUGGAAAGAAAAAGAAAAAGAUUGAAAUAUCUGGCCCAUCCAACUUUGAACACAGGGUUCAUACUGGGUUUGAUCCUCAAGAGCAGAAAUUCACCGGCCUCCCCCAGCAGUGGCACAGCCUGUUAGCAGACACGGCCAACAGGCCAAAGCCCAUGGUAGACCCGUCCUGCAUCACGCCUAUCCAGCUGGCUCCCAUGAAGACAAUCGUCCGGGGGCACAAGCCCUGCCCCGAAGCCUCCAUCAACGGGCUGCUGGAGGACUUCGACAGCAUCUCGGUGACUCGAUCCAACUCCCUGAGGAAGGAGAGCCCCCCGACCCCCGAGCAGGGAGCCACAGGCCGCGGGCAGCGCCCCUCGGACGAGAAUGGCUUUGUCACCUUCUCCCAGUACUCCAGCGAGUCGGACACCACCACCGACUACGGCGUCGACAAGUACCGAGAAAGGGGGCUCUUCGCCGACGACCUGGACCCCUACUACAGAGGCAGCCAGGCGGCCAAGCAAAACGGGCACGUGGUGAAGAUGAAGCCGGGCGAGGCCUACUACUCGGAGAUGAAGCCUCUGAAGUCCACCAUCUCCAGAUUCCCUGUCGAUUACCACACCCAUCUGGACACCCUGGGCAAAGUCGGGGACUACAGUGACCUCAAGUGGGGCUACCAGAGAGCCUCGAGCAGCUCCCCGCUGGACUACCGAGACCCCUUCCAGUUCACGCCUUCCAGAACUGCAGGCACCAGCGGGUGCUCCAAGGAAAGCCUGGCCUACAGUGAAAGCGAGUGGGGGCCCAGCCUGGACGACUACGAGAGGAGGCCCAAGUCCUCGUACCUGCACCAGACCAGCCCGCAGCCGGCCAUGCGGCAGAGGUCAAGGUCGGGCUCGGGCCUCCAGGAGCCCAUGAUGCCGUUUGGAGCAAGUGCAUUUAAGACCCACCCCCAGGGACACUCGUACAACUCUUACACCUACCCCCGCCUGUCCGAGCCCACAGCGUGCAUUCCAAAGGUGGAUUAUGACCGAGCACAGAUGGUCCUCAGCCCUCCACUGUCCGGGUCUGACACCUAUCCCAGGGGCCCUGCCAAACUACCUCAAAGUCAAAGUAAAGCGGGCUAUUCCCCAAGCAGCCACCAGUACUCGUCCGGGUACCACAAAGCCUCUCUAUACCACCACCCCUCUCUGCAGACCAGUUCCCAGUACAUCUCCACAGCUUCUUACCUGAGUUCUCUCAGCAUCUCGUCCAGCACCUACCCGCCCCCCAGCUGGAGCUCCUCCUCAGACCAGCAGCCCUCCAGGGUAUCCCAUGAACAGUUCCGGGCUGCUUUGCAGCUGGUGGUCAGCCCAGGAGACCCCAGGGAGUACUUGGACAACUUUAUCAAAAUCGGGGAAGGGUCCACUGGCAUUGUGUGCAUCGCCACGGAGAAGCACACGGGGAAGCAAGUGGCUGUAAAGAAAAUGGACCUCCGCAAGCAGCAAAGACGAGAACUGCUUUUCAACGAGGUUGUGAUAAUGCGAGACUACCACCAUGACAACGUGGUUGACAUGUACAACAGCUACCUUGUCAGCGAUGAACUCUGGGUGGUCAUGGAGUUUUUAGAGGGUGGUGCCUUGACAGACAUAGUUACUCAUACCAGGAUGAAUGAAGAGCAGAUAGCUACAGUCUGUCUGUCAGUUCUGAGAGCCCUCUCCUACCUUCACAACCAAGGAGUGAUUCACAGGGACAUCAAGAGUGACUCCAUUCUCCUGACCAGUGAUGGCCGGAUAAAGUUAUCUGACUUUGGUUUCUGUGCUCAAGUUUCCAAAGAAGUGCCAAAGAGGAAAUCGCUGGUUGGAACUCCAUACUGGAUGGCACCUGAGGUGAUUUCUAGACUGCCUUAUGGGACAGAGGUGGAUAUUUGGUCACUUGGGAUCAUGGUGAUAGAAAUGAUUGACGGCGAGCCUCCUUACUUCAAUGAGCCUCCACUCCAGGCCAUGCAGAGGAUCCGGGACAGUUUACCUCCACGAGUGAAAGACCUGCACAAGGUUUCUUCUGUACUGCGGGGCUUCCUCGACCUGAUGUUGGUGAGGGAGCCCUCUCAAAGAGCCACCGCCCAGGAACUCCUCGGACAUCCAUUCUUGAAACUGGCAGGUCCACCGUCGUGCAUCGUUCCCCUCAUGAGACAAUACAGGCAUCACUGAGCAGAGGCUUCAUGCAGGUGGAAAGGCAUGAAGACACGAAAUCAUUCAGGAGAACAUGAGGUAUCCAUGGACAAGUGCAAAAAGCCUGUGCAUUCUAGACCAGCUGAUUGGUGGGACAGUGUGAUGACCAGCAGGGUUUCACAGACCAGGGCCUCUUCUUGUGUCUUAAACAGGCAUCUCUCCACUGACAGCUGGUGAGGUCAUUGGAAGCAUGGCUUUACUAAGUCAUUAUAUUUUUUCAGCCCUUCAUCCAGCAAAUCAGAAGGACUCAAUACAAACUCCGUUACGAUAUAUCCUAGCCACAUGCAGGGUAAUGCGUAGGAUUUUCUAUUUCGAAAGAAUACUUUUCUGGCAAAA